GCGAUGCCAACGGAGAUAGAGAGAGAGAGAUUCUUAAAAUAAACUCCCCUUUUCGUGGCUUAGAGAGAGAGAGAGGAGAGAGAAACUUCCUCUUCUCUCCCCAUUUCGAGCACGUUCUCUCUCCUUGUGGUGGAGGAGAAGAGGAGGAAACCCUAAUCGCCGAGAAAAAGAGUGAGCGAAAAUAGGAGGGGAAACGAUUACGAGGAGGAGGAGAUCGAGAAAACCCUAGCUAUGGAGGUCGGCGAAUGAACUAGGGUUCUUAAUCCGUGGCGUCCUAGUCCUCAACAUUUUCCCAGUCCACCUCUCUCUUAGUUAAGGUCUCGUAUUUCAACCAUGGCCGCUUCAAUCGCCGCCUCCGCGUUCUUCCCCACCACAUCUUCAUCCCCCUCCUCUUUGUCGAAGAAGAAUGCAAUUGGCGAAGGCCCCGACAGUGUAGAUCUCCGUGGGAUUGCGUCCCGGCCCAACUCCUCUUCGCGGGCCAUGCAGGUGAAGGCGCAGGCCCAAUCCGUCCCCAAGAUCAACGGCACCAAGGUCGAGGAAGAAGCGCCGUCGUCUGGCCCAAGAACAUUCUACAACCAGCUCCCUGAUUGGAGCAUGCUUCUCGCCGCCAUCACCACCAUCUUCUUGGCAGCGGAAAAGCAGUGGACCCUCCUCGAUUGGAAGCCCAAGCGUCCUGACAUGCUUGCCGACGCCUUUGGGUUCGGGAAGAUCGUUCAGGAUGGGCUUGUGUUUAGACAGAACUUUUCGAUUAGGUCGUAUGAGAUUGGGGCCGACCAAACGGCUUCUAUAGAGACUUUGAUGAAUCAUUUACAGGAAACGGCGCUUAAUCAUGUGAGGAGUGCCGGGCUGCUGGGAGAUGGAUUUGGUGCUACGCCGGAGAUGACCAAAAGGAACUUGAUCUGGGUUGUCAGUAAAAUCCAGGUCAUUGUUGAUCAUUAUCCAUCAUGGGGAGAUAUUGUCGAAGUAGAUACAUGGGUAGAUGCUUCAGGAAAAAAUGGGAUGCGUCGAGAUUGGCAUGUUCGUGACUUCAACACUGGCCAAACUAUCUUGAAAGCUACAAGUGUUUGGGUCAUGAUGGACAAGUUAACUAGGAAAUUGAAAAGAAUACCGGAAGAAGUAUUAGCUGAAAUAGGCCCAUAUUUUCUUGGGCGCAAUGCUAUAGUGGAUGAGGACAGUAAAAAGUUGCCAAAGGUUCGCCCGAAGGCUGAGGUGGAGGGGGGCGCCGAUAAAACUGCUCCCAGCUAUGUCCGCAAGGGUUUGACUCCUCGAUGGGGCGACCUGGACGUGAACCAGCACGUGAAUAAUGUCAAAUACAUUGGCUGGAUUCUUGAGAGUGCUCCAAUCUCAAUGCUGGAGAAGCACGAGCUGGCAAGCAUCACGUUGGAUUAUAAGAGGGAGUGUCGGAGAGACAGCACGCUCGAGUCCAUCACCACCGUACACUCCGACUCUGCUGAUGGUGAAUCAGCAGAAACUUCCAUUCAGUGUGAGCAUCUGCUGCAGCUGGACUCCGGGCCGGCGAUCGUGAAGGCCCGGACCAUGUGGAGGCCCAAGAAAGCCCAUAUCGAAGAGGACAUAGGAAUAACUUCUGCUGAGGGUGCUUAAAAAUGACUUUGGUAAAGAAUUAGAACAACUUGCUGGUGAGAUCAGUUCAAAAACCAAAAAAAAAAAAAAAAAAAAAAACCAGCUAGAAUUGGAGGGGAGGGGGUGAGGGGAUUAGAGACAAGUUCCUCUUUUAAACUUCGACAUCUCGAGUUGUCUAUGUAGAAAGAGAGUGGGGAGGGCGCGGGAUUGUUGUUGCUUGUGUGUAAGUUUAUCCUUCUUUUAUUCUUUCCUAUCCUCUUUUUCUUUUUCUUUUUUUCCUUUUACUUUUUUUUUUAACCGUCCUCGACUAUUCUUGGGAACCGAAAAAAUGGAUGCCUGUAAUAUGUAAGUAUUAAAUUUCAUGCAGCUGUUUUAAGUUUUGUGCGUUGGACUAGCCUUUACUACUUGGCUGGUGGAGCGUGAUGAAUGUAGUAAUCAAUUUCAAAAUAAUACUUGUAAUUUUAGUUGUGUAGUGUUCAAAAUUUCAAA